AGACGGUAUAUUUGACUCAUGAGUACGCGGUUUUACUAAUGCCCAGGUUUGCGAAAAAUUUUCACAAACAUCUUUUGUUUACGUUUUCAAUGUGAUCAUGGACGACAGACUAAGUCCCCUUGGGUUAGAGGACAUCUCCCAGAUGUGUAUUGUAUGCCGGGAAAUUUCCGACUGCCUGGUGUACAUAUAUACCAAAUCGCACUCGAGGGAGGAGAGGCAAGGGCAGCCGCUUUGUUUGGCGGAUAUGAUAAAUGAGUGCUCAAACUGCAAGUUAAAGCUGCGUGAUGGAUUCCCCGCGUACAUGUGCGGGAGAUGCGUUGUGGCGACCAAAGCUGCUUUCAGAUUGAAGCGCCAGUACGAGGAGAGCCACCGCUACUUUGCAAAAGUAAUAAAAGCGGAGGACGAUCUGUGCACGAUGCUGGUGAAGGAAGAGUGGAUUCUGGAGGAUUCUGAUGAGAAGGAAGAGUCUCAGGGACCUGAAAAACAGGAUGAACAUAAAAUGACUUUGGGUGAAACGAACAAUGCAAUGGAAAUCGGGGAAAUGAAAUGCGUGGAAGAUCCCGAGGCAGGAGAAGAAAAUAAAACGCAGUGGGCCAAGGCGGCCAUUGAAAGCCCACAAAAGGGAAACAGACAGAAGAGAGUUGGCGAUUCAACUACAGCUAGAAACCCAAAAAAUAGAAAGUGCAAAGAGAUCCAAUCUGCCAAAGAGGACAAGGACCGCCCGAAUGAUGAGCCCGCGGAGUCCGACGAAGAUGAUACGAACUGGUUUCAGCCUACAAAAUCAGCAAGGAAUAUCGAUGGUUCGACGCUUUCCGUGAAAAAAACGAAACGUUUCCAGUGCAACCAUUGUUCCAAGGCCUAUAUCCAGAAGGGCAAUCUCGAAACUCACAUGCGACUCCACACAGGGGAACGGCCCUACCGGUGCAGCCAGUGUCCCAAGGCCUAUAUUCAGAAGACCAAUCUGAAAGCACACAUGUACCGCCACACCGGCGAACGACCCUUCAAAUGCUCCAAAUGCUCCAAGUCCUAUUCGCAGCAGAGCCAUCUCGACACCCACAUGCGACUCCACACAGGGGAACGGCCCUACCGGUGCAGCCAGUGUCCCAAGGCCUAUAUUCAGAAGACCAACCUCGAAGCGCACAUGCGCCGUCACACCGGCGAACGGCCCUUCAAAUGUCCGCAGUGCCUUAGCCAAUACAUCCAGAGAGGUCAUCUGAUUUUACACAUGCGGACGCACUCCUACGAGCAACUUUACAAGUGCGGAGAGUGUCACAGCGGCUUUAACCAGAAGAGCGAUCUGCAGCAGCAUAUGACCAUUCAUAGCCUCCAGGAAGUGAAGCCCAAGACCGAGUACAAGCUGCGACCAAGAAAGAAGAGAGAGAAGAGAGAAACAAGGCUGUAAAAUAUGAAAUAUAUCAAUAUUACUAGGAAUACGAAGAUCGUUAAGAAUAAAUUAUAAUUUCGAAUCAAAGGAGACAAAAUGUAUCAAAAUCGAAUGACAAAAACCACGUGCCCCGAGGCAUACGAAUCUUUUGUAUCAUACCUAAGUAAUUACAUAAAUCUAACUGCUAGAUAGUACAUUAGCCAUUAGUUUAAUUAACUCCCCGGAGCUAGAAUUAAUGCUCUCAGUCCGAACAGUCCAAAAAACCACAAAAGAAACCUCCAUCCGCGAGACUUGAGUCGAGCAUCAAUCUGCUACGCUCUCUGUAGUAAUUUGUUUUUGUAUUCCUGGGCAUUCUCUUUUAAAUCAUUCUCUUGUGCAUCACUUACUGGCGUCUCGUGCCUCGUCAGGUGGAAUCAAUGGGAGCAAGGAGUGCCCACCGCUGGAUUAGAGUACAGGAACGGUCAUCGAACUUCGAACAUUCUGGAAAAACAAAAACAAUUUUCUAGCAAUUUUAAGUUGAGAAAUAUCCAAGAAUUUAUUUGAAAUAAAAUCGUGUGUUUUCAUU